AUUGACAACGUCAUAGAUGUACAGAUUGCUAUAACAUAUAAUGUAGUUAGCUGAUGUGUAAAAAAUCUCUCCGGGCGUUGUAAGAUCUGUCAGACAAAGCAUAGGAAACGUCUGAGCGGACAAACGCGCCCACAGUCACACGUGUUCAGUCACUGUGAGUGUGAAGAGUACAAGGAAGGAAAUUUUGUUCACUCGGUGUUGCACACUGAAACAGAGGAUUCUUGGCUAGUCGCGUGAAUUGACCGGUCCUCACUAUAUAGAAGUGAUUCCAUCAAGGACAAUAUAUUAGGUGUAGGUGCUGAAUUAGAUAGGUAUUGCUGGGGGGGGAUAACCUUGGCAUUAUUAUUGGCGCUUGGGACAUUGUGUCAGCGGGUCAUUUUAAUAGCUUGCUAGCUCGCUAGAUAACAAGAGAUGUGUGAAGGCCUCCCUUGUUGGCUAGCUAAUAAGUAUCCAGCGUUACAGUUAAAAUAGCAAGACCAUUGUUGGUUUGGCUCAAGUUCUGUUUUGUUGACAGUAGCUACGUCGCUGAACUUGGAUAACACGUUAGCGAGCAAAAAUUAUAGAUAGCUAAACAAAAUAGCAAACGCCAGUCUCGCUGUCUGUGCCGAACGCUUGCGAUAUGGGCUUGCUGUCAAAAGGGUCACCGCUCAACUGGGAAGAAACCAAAAAGUAUGCAGACCAUGUUCGGAAACAUGGCAUCGUUCAGUUUCUCAACAUCUAUAACAAGGUGAAAGAACGACAGAAAGAUGUCUUAUUAUGGGGCGAUGAGGUGGAAUACAUGUUGAUCGAAAUGGAUGAGAAAAAUGGAAAGGUCCGUCUUGUUCUCAAUGGUGGGGAGGUUUUGGAAACUCUUCAAGACAAAGGAGAAAAGACUAACCCCAACCAUCCUACCCUUUGGAGGCCAGAGUAUGGCAGCUACAUGAUCGAAGGGACUCCGGGGCAGCCCUAUGGUGGGACGAUGUCAGAGUUCAACACAGUGGAGGACAACAUGGGGAAGCGAAGGCGAGAGGCCUCAUCUGUGCUGAAUAAGAAUGAAACGCUUGCCACCAUCACGUCAUUCCCAAGGUUAGGCUGCCCAGGCUUCACACAGCCAGAAUACAAGCCAACACCUGUUGAAAAGGGAGUGUCAAAAUCACUGUUCUUCCCAGAUGAAGCUAUAAACCAACACCCAAGAUUCAGCACCCUGACCAGAAACAUUCGUCACAGAAGAGGAGAGAAGGUGGUGAUCAACGUACCCAUCUUUAAAGACAAAUGCACCCCAUCUCCAUUUGUGGAGAAGUUUCCGGAAGACGAUGGGGAGGCUGCCAGGGCAGCUCUACCUGAUCACAUCUACAUGGAUGCCAUGGGAUUUGGAAUGGGCAACUGCUGUCUUCAGGUGACAUUCCAAGCUUGCAGCAUUGAAGAGGCGAGGUACCUUUAUGACCAACUAGCAACAUUCUGCCCUAUAAUGAUGGCCCUCAGUGCUGCUUCGCCGUUCUACAGAGGCUAUGUGUCAGACAUUGAUUGUCGCUGGGGAGUUAUUUCUGCCUCGGUAGAUGACAGGACCGGGGAAGAGAGGGGGCUGGAGCCUUUGAAAACCAACAAAUUUCGAAUCUUGAAAUCCAGAUAUGAUUCAAUCGACAGCUACCUCUCCAGCUGUGGCGAUAGGUACAAUGACAUAGAUCUGACAAUAGACGAGGAGAUCAACAAACAGCUGCUGGAUGCAGGGAUCGACAAACUGCUGGCCCAACACAUAGCCCAUCUCUUCAUUCGGGAUCCGCUCUCACUAUUUGAAGAGAAAAUUUACUUGGAUGAUGAAAACGAGUCUGAUCACUUUGAGAAUCUGCAGUCAACCAACUGGCAGACAAUGAGGUUCAAACCUCCUCCUCCAAACUCGGACAUCGGAUGGCGAGUUGAGUUCCGUCCCAUGGAGGUGCAACUUACUGAUUUUGAAAACUCUGCAUUCGUUGUUUUCAUCGUCCUGCUCACCAGGGUUAUACUGUCCUAUAAACUGGACUUUCUCAUCCCCUUGUCAAAGGUUGAUGAAAACAUGAAAGCUGCCCAGAAAAGAAAUGCAGUCCAAGAGGGCAUGUUUUACUUCCGGAAGGACAUCUAUAAAGGCUGCAACCCUGCCCUCGAUAGCUCCUCAUCGGCUGCCCAGAAUGGCUUGGACAGUGAGGGUGACAUUGAGUACACACUGAUGAGCAUUGACACAAUCAUCAAUGGAAAGGAAGGAAUUUUUCAAGGGUUGAUACCAAUCCUCAACUGCUACCUAGAAAACAUGGAGGUGGAUGUUGAUACAAGAUGCACCAUCCUGAACUACCUGAAGCUCAUCAAGAGACGUGCCUCCGGUGAACUGAUGACCAUGGCUAAAUGGAUGAGGGAGUUUGUGGACAAGCACCCCCAAUACAAGCAAGACAGUGUCAUAACUGACAGAAUCAACUACGACCUACUCCGCAAGUGUGACAGCAUCACAAAAGGAGAGGAGCGAUGCCCAGAACUUAUUGGUGACCCAGUCAAUCGGGGCAAAUGAACUUACUGUCACAGCUGUAAUCAAUUAAUUAAUGUGUUGUCCAUCAUUGAUAUUCAUUAGCAUGAAAAAGACCAAAUAUCUGUCUGGACAAAGUGGUCCAAACAAAUUAAGUUUUAAUGGAGAAUAUAGUGUGCAUUGCGAGGGUCAAGCGGGUGUAUUGCAUUUGUAUAUACAGUAUCAGAUUUGUACAAUUUGAAAAUUAUUUUAAUAAGUGAAAUUCAAUCGGAUGUGUGAUAGCAAUUGGAUAUGUAAUUUGAUAUCCUGUGUUCAUGCUAACAAAGUCUGAGUGUGAUAUUAUGUAAAUGCAGCAAACAAAGUUGUAGACUAAAUUAAUUUUAAUCUUUAAGUCUACUGUAAAUACUGAACUUUGAUCUGCUCUACAAACAUUUAACAAGGAUUAUUUCAUUUCCGAAUAUGGUAUAUCUGCAUUAUCUGUCAAAUGAUUUGGCCUUUUAAUGUGAGAAGUGUCAAAUGAUUUGGCCUUUUAAUGUGAGAAGUGUCAAAUGAAAGUGUUUGAUUUGCUGUGAUAUAGUAGAAUCUUAAACUAUUAAAGGAGUCUUGCAUUGAAGUGAAUGUGAACGUUUGAUUGGAAUGUUAUGUCUCAAUCAAUAAAUCUGUGUACAGCACUGACUAAGCA